AUGCACCACCACGACGAGUGCCAGGGGCGGCGUGACGAGGGCGAAGAGCCCGUUCCUCGGCUAGCGCCCCGGUCAGCGCAGGGCCGCGUCAGCUCCGUUCCCGCCUUCGCCAUCGUGCUGCUCUCGACGGCUGGGUGCACCAUCGUGCUCGGAGUCACCGGAGUCGUGUACACGGCGCAGCCUCGCGCGGUUUCCUCCAAGAACGACUCGCACGGGCGCCGCGUGGACGUUCGCGUCCAGGUCGCUAGGUCACAGGUCGCCUCUGACAACGUGUGCGAGUCUAGGUUAUGCGAGUGGAACCGGGACUACAUCCUGCGCGCCGCGGACACUACCAGGGACCCGUGCUACGACUUUUACGCCCACGCCUGCAACCCGCAGCGCUGGUACCGAGCAGGCAGUGCGUCGACGAGGCCCUUCUCGGAACUCGGUACAGCACAGCUGAUGAGGGACGUGGAGAGCUUCUUCCGUUACUUCGUCCAGCUGAAGGGCACGCCGACGGAGGACAACUUCCUGUUGCGCAUGAUGUGGGUCCACGAUGCCUGCCAGAACAGCACGGCUCCAAGGGCCAACCUAUCGGCCGAGCUCGAAGAGGUAUUCGACGCAUUUGGUCUGGCCGGUGGGCUGCCAGUAAGGGCUGUCACUAGAGGGAAGCUCGCCGAGGUUGUGGCCGCAGGCGACCGACAUCUACAUCUCCAGCCGCUGUUUAAGGUCAAGGUACUGCGUCGAAGAGAACCGGGUGUGACCGGUGACUUCGACAUUGUUGUUUCGGCUCCGGACACAAUGUACCGACGCUUCUUGACGAACUUUGUCGACUCGGGCGAUUCGAUGUACGCCGACUUCGUCGCCAAGACGCUGAGUCUCGCCACCGUGGCCAGUACUCGGUCGGCGGCGAGGAAGAUAAUGCAGCUCGAGAAGCGACUGGAGAGCUUCGCGCUAGCCUCAGUAGACGAGCUCAUGGCGCCUCCCCGAGAAAAGUACGCGUCGCUCGACGACCUCGUUCUCUCCGACAACUGGGACUGGCCCACCUACUUCAACUCGCUCAUUGCCAACGCCAACGGAAGCAUCGGCAAUGAUACUAAAGUAGUUGUGAGCGACCCCAUAUAUUUCCGAAACUUGGGCUCUGUUCUGGGAGGCGCCUGGGACGCGAUCGUGGCUAACUACAUGGCGUACAAGGCCAUCGUGGAGCUCGCCCCAGUCUUGGGCCAGGACGCCGAGUACCUGCUCCAGUUCUCUCACAGCUACGACGUACCCGAUCUUGGCGAGCGGAAGACGGCAUGCCUGUCGCUGGUCGAGAAGCUUUUCAGGUACGGCACGGGUGUAGCCGCGAAGCUCACACUCGGCAAGGAGUUUGCCACCACCCCGCGCAGCCACAUGGACGUCCAGCUAGAGCGUCUGUUCAACGCGUCCAGGCACGUGAUCUACGGCCUAGUAGACUCCGGACGCUCCUGGCUGGACUUCUUGGACAAGGACACGGCGUUGCGAAAAUUGAGCAACAUGCGCUUCGAGUUCGGCGCCCAGUGCAACCUGGUGGAGUACGAGCUGUAUCGGCGAAACCACGCAGCCCUUAACAAUACACUUCAGCUGCCAUUACCAGUACAAAUUGGAAGUGACAACUCUACCGGUCACCUUUGGGACAAACACCCGCUGCCACGCAUUGUAUUCCUCCUCUACUCAAUUGCCUCGACCACGUACUGGGACGCCUGGGGCAGUGCCACGUCUCGGGCUUACGACAACCACUACGCGCUGACUGCUUUCCGGUCAGGCUACGAGCUCCAGCACACGGCCAAUCUUCUUGUUAUUCCGCAGGCCACCGUAGCAUUUCUCAGUCAACUGAGCAACGUCAUCCAUCCCGUCGUGUAUGGCGUGAUAGCGGUGGACGUAGUGCGGGGUCUCGUGGAAGCGCUCUCCAGGAGCGGUUCGUCGGUGAACGCCGAUUUGCGGCACCAACUUUGGUGGAGCAUCGGAACAAUAGAGGCGUACGAGAACGUCAGCGCAUGCCUCGAGUCCCAGUACCAGCCGCCUCUGGCCGAAGGUGCCAGGCUACGCUCUCUGGAAAUGAACUUUCUGGACAACGCCGUGGCUUACCCGCUCUUUCGGCUGUACACGGAGUCGGCGAUGGACCGAGGCACAGCGAACGUCGCGCCGUCUGAUCCCACGCAAGAAGUUGAACGUUCUCUGACGAUGGACCAGAUGUUCUUCUACAACUACGCAGCGUCCCUCUGCGACUUCAGGGACGAAGACCUGUGGCAGCAGCAGCGAAAGUUCCACCUGACGCCUGCUCCGUGGCGUGUCAACGUGCCGCUGAAGAACCUGCGCGCCUUUGCGGACGCCUUCGCUUGCAAGCCCGGAUCGCCUAUGAACCCUGUGAAGCGGUGCAGCGUGUGGAAAGAAAAGGGGCACGUUCGUGCGACGUAG